AUGAAAAUAAGGGAAAUAUCGCUAAUUAGCUUAAAUUUUAGCAGUAAAAAUCUUGAAGAAGACUUCGGAAGGCAUUAUGCUUCAAUACUAAAGAUCUAGUUUCAUGUUUUUACUGCAGUAAGCUUAUUGAUAUUCUUCCUUGUACUAAUCUAGAAUUAAAUAUCUUAUCGGGGAGGAAUAUAUAUUUGUGUGUGCCUCUUUGCAUCUAUAAUUUUUACUCAAAUACUUCUGAAUUAUGUCUAAAAAAAUUAUUAUUAUCUUAUGAUGCCAAUUAACUCUUUGUUUAUUUCCUUAAUGCUUUUUAAAAUAUACUCAUAUGAUCAAAUAUAAAUGCAAGCAAAUUUCAUAAAGGAGUUUGCACUAAUUUCUUUACUUCUUGUGAAUACUCACAAGCUCUAUAUUAAUUUUCUCAAUUUAACUGCUAUUAAAAUUUCUGAGUGCUUGAUACUCAACAACAAAGACAGUAAUCAGGUUUUAUAUUCAGUGCAGUUCACAUGCUCCAUCAUAUUAAUCAUGGUUAUAAUGUACGCAAAACUUUAUUUUUUAAGACAUCUCUAUAUUGACAGUCAGGUUGGAAAAUGUUGGAGUGAUAUCGUAAACUAAAAUUUAAAUUAAAAGGUUUUUACUACUACUUACAACAAGUAAACAGGAAAAUUAGAACUCUACAAUUAUAAUUAAGCAUGCUUAAAAGAUAUAAAUAAAGACUCAACCACCUCUCAAUCUAAAUUCUAAGAAAUAUUUAAUAGAUAUUUAUAAAAUUUUAGAUUCAACAUUAGUGAUUGUCUUGUUUACAGGCCUCGAAGCGAAAUAGCAGAUAAGUGCUAAAUGAUAGACUUGAAAUAAUAUUUAGUUAAUCGCCAUAUUCAUCAAUUGAAUUAACAAAAUGACAAAUAAACAUCAUUUACGAAAUUAUCUGAAAAUAAUUCUACUAAUAAAAAUUCUGUCUAACUUAAAUAGAUCUAAAAUUAAGAUUUAUCUUUUCAGAAAAACAACAGCAGCACUAACAACAAUAACAACAACAAAAGCAGUUAAAACCAUGGAAAACAGGUUGAGUAAAUUUAGGCAUAAUUUUAUGAUAUGAAAUCAAAUACCAAUAAAACUUGUAGAAUUAAAAUAAUACAAAACUCCCUUUAUUCUUCAUCUCAGCUUUUAGUGAUUAUUGAAGAUGAGUCUUAUUUACAAGAUCUUAGUAGAUAUAAAUAAGAAAAAUAAACUAUUGAAAGAUUUCUCUUUUCGUUGAUGCAGAAUUUUUAAGAAAAAUUAAGGUACAUAAUUUGGGGUUUAGAAAAUAGUGAUUAAUAAAUCUCUAAAAUAGAAAGUUAUAUUCUGAUAAAUUAAGUUUAUUGUAUCUUUGAUUACUUUAUUAUUAAGUCUAAGAAGCUUAGAAACAAAUUCAAUCAACAAAUUUCUAAAAAAAUAUCUAAAAUUUUAAAUGUGGAAAACUUUACUUGGUAAAGCUUAAUGAAAGAGCUUGUAUCACUAUUUUGUGAUAUGACCAUUGUAAGUGAUAUAGACUUUGAAGCUGAAGAAAUAAGCCUUUUUUAAGAUCGUAGAAAACUUAAAUAAGUUCUUAUUGCUCUUCUUUCCUUGGCUUAAUGUCGAGCAGUUGAAACAUACGAGCUCAAAAUAUCCAGAAUAAAAAAGAAAGAGUGGAAUGCUAUUCUUCUAAUGGUUAUCUUUCAGACAAACGAUAAACCAAGCGAUUAUAAAAAGAAAUUUUAUGAAUUUCUAAAUGGAAAUUCUAUCAGCGCAUUAAAUGAAGUUGAAUAUGAAGUUCUUAAAGAAACUGUGAUGAUAAUAGGACCUUAUUAGAUCAAUGAAGAAAUUUCAGAUAAUGGAUUAGUUUAAAUUUCUUUUGCUUUUUUUGAGGAUUUAGAAGUAAUUUAUGAAUCAAUUUCGUCACAGGUUCGUAAAACAGAAAAUUAACCAAGAGAAGACGCAAUGAUUAGAAAUUUAAUGAGCCCAAAAAACUAAGAACUCUUAGCUGCUACUUAUGAUUAAUAUGUAAGUAAAAUAAAAGAAAGAUAAAGAAAAUCUAAAAAAAGAAUUGCAAUUAUGGAAGUUUCUUCCAAAUCAAAGAAUAACUGUGAUGAAAUUAGUAGCUCUAGUGAAGAUGAAAUAUCUCAAGAUAUGGAAAUUAAGAGCAUUGAUGAUAAGUUUUUUUGUUUAACUUCUUUAUCUGAAAACCAUGAAAAAGUUUAAGCCAUACCUGAUGUAUAAUCGUUCAAGAAAAUGAACAAAUUUAAAAAAACAUAAUCUAACUUAUAGCUCACAACUAUUGAACAAUAACUAGCUCUAAAUUCCCCUACACUUCCAACAGAAGAGUAAAUUAUGAAAUAACCAAAUACAAAGACAGAUUUUAAAUACAACUAGAAACGUUCAAGUACUUUGUUAAUCAAUGCUAAAUUUAGUUAGAAUUAUUAACUAAAUAAUGGAUUUAAAAGUUUCUUAAAAAACUCUAAAAUUUCAUAGUAUUUUAAUCAUGGAAAUUAAAAUAAAUCUAAAAUUGAUUAAGAGAAUAUAGAUUUAACUCUAAAAAUGUAAUCUUCUAUUUACAAUCAACAUAUUUCUUAAUAUAGUAGCAAAGUUCCAUAUCACCAAAACUUUGGAUAAAAAUCGCCUAUAAAAUAAUCCUCUAUUAAUUAAUAAAUCCAGAUAGGAAAUUCUAUUAAUAUUGAUAGGACUAGUUUAAAUUUAUGUAGACAACUAACAGAAAACAAAAUAGAAUCUUUUUCACCUAGAAUGUAACAUUUUUCCAGCUUCAAACAGUAAGGAACUCGAAAUUCAAUCAAUUCUUAAAGAUUGUCCAAAUUCAAAACCUAAGAAAUAAAUGGAAAUUACUACCCUAAGGACAAUUCUAUUGAUUUUAAAAAACAAUCAAUUAAUUCCUUGCUUAAAGAAUUCAAUAAAAACUUUGAAUAAUAAUCACAUAAUUAAGAUAAAUGUGAUAACUUUAGUCUUUAUCUACAGAAAAAUUGA